AUGUUAGAACCGGAUUAUAGAGGGGCGGCGCAACAGAGCAGAGUGAAGCUGCGCGUCUGGGUGCCGCAGUGCUGCUCCGCGCCCACAAACAGUGCAGCCAGGGAGCCGCGCGGCAGCUGCUGUCUUUCAGAAGUUCCUGUAGUUGCUAAAGAGGAGACAGUAGCCCGGGCUGCAAUCGCGGGAUGCGGCGCCCUCGAGGCCCCUGCCUUCACGGCUGGCCGGCCUCUGGCGCGUCUCUCCCCGCCUCCCUCAGAAGGGGCGCUGCCCGCCCUGUCCAGCCCUGCUCGCAGGCUUAACGAGAAAGUGAGCAAAGGGAAGGCGCCGCUGUGGUUCCUGGCGAUCUGGUGGCCGCUGAAGUUCCAGAUCACGAAGCGGCGCGCGCGGCUCAUCAUCGCGGCCAUCUGGCUGAUGGCGCUGACCACGACGCUGCCGUGGGCGCUGUUCUUCGACCUGGUGUCCGUGCUGGACGACGUGCGCGUCUGCGUCGAGGUGUGGCCCGACCCCGCCGACGGCGCGCUCUACUUCCUCUUCGGCAACCUGCUCUUCUUCUACGUCGUGCCCUUCGCCCUCAUCUCGCUCUGCUACGUUCUCAUCUGGAUCAAGGUGUGCAAGCGGGAUAUCCCUGGUGACUCCACGGAUGCACAGCUGGAACGCAUGCAGCACAAGAGCAAGAUCAAGGUGGUCAAGAUGCUGGUGGUGGUGGUGAUCCUGUUCGUGGCGUCGUGGCUGCCGCUGUACGUGAUCUUCGCGCGCAUCAAGCUGGGCGGCGAGCUGGCCGCCUGGGAGGACGAGGCGCUGCCGGUGGCGACGCCGGUGGCGCAGUGGCUGGGCGCCUCCAACUCGUGCAUCAACCCGCUGCUGUACGCCUUCUUCAACCACAAGUUCCGGCGCGGGUUCGCCGCCAUACUGCGAUCGCGGCGCUGCUGCGGCCGCCUGCGCUACUACGAGACGGUGGCGCUCUCCGGCUCGAGCGUGCGCAAGUCGUUCAACAACAACAACUCGUCGACCCGGCGCCCCGACACGUCCGUGUCGUACAUCUUCAACAACACGGGCGUGUAG